GGAUUUCAGCAAAACAUCAGAAGAGAAGAGAAGCAGCAUUUCCGUCCUGUUUAAUGUUGGCAUUUACAGAGGGUAUGUCAGAGGCGGAGAGAAUGAGUAUCAGUGUGUGCUGCUGUGUCGACGGGUAACUGGAAAUCACAACUCCAACUGGAAAAAUGUUUCUUCUGCUUGAAAGCAUCUCCAACGUCACCUCUCCAGCUAUAGAUGUUAUCCAGAACAGCACCAACAGGACUGCGUGUCACAGCACAGACUGGUGGCUCUACACUAUGCAGCCUGUGUAUAUCUUCCUUAUUGCUGCGCUGGGAAUUGUGUGCAACUUGUUUGUCCUGUCAGUCUUCUGCUUCCACAAGAAACCCUGCAAUGUACCUGAAAUCUACUUGACCAACCUGGCUGCUGCUGACCUUGUCUUAGUGUCCUGCUUGCCUUUUUGGGCUGUCUAUAUCACCAAAAAAUUCAACUGGAUAUUUGGAAAGUUCCUGUGCCAACUGGUCAACAUGGGCAUUAGGAUGAAUGCCUACUGCAGCAUAUAUUUCCUGGUUCUGAUCAGCAUUGAUCGCUAUGUGGCACUGGUCUACCCACUUUCCCAUGGCAGGAAGCGGAGUCCAAAGUUGGCCAAACUGGGCUGUCUGAUGAUGUGGGGGGUAGGGUUUCUUUUAGGACUCCCUACAUUUAUUUACAGAAAAGUUGUACCUUCUGGACAGAAUGAUACUCACAAGUGCAUUGAAGAUGAAAUUGUAAGGCUGGUCUCUGAUUUGUUGUUGGCCAUUUUGGGCUUCAUCAUCCCUGUUUCCAUUAUUUGCUACUGCACUGCCAAAAUUGUUCAUGCUCUUAGGAACCGGUUAUCAGAAAGGUACACCACUGAAAAUACAGAAAAUAAGGCUACCACCCUGAUGCUGGUUGUGCUCGUGGCCUUCCUGAUCUGCUGGGUGCCAUUUCAUGUGGUCAAAAUUCUGAAUAUUUUCAAAGGAGCUGGAUUAGUGAAACGGUGUGACUUUAUCAUAGCCCUGGAAAACAGCCUACAAAUCUUUGGUUAUCUGGCUUUCUUCAACAGUGUACUCAACCCCAUCCUCUACGUCAUUGCUGGAAGGUCAUUCCGGAAAAAAGUAUGUGAACUGUGUAUGCCAAAUAGUUUCCAUCCAGUUGGCUCCACUACUUUGUAGUACUUAGCAUGCCCAAGGCUGUGUGUGUUUUGGGGGUCAUCUUUAUAUUCGGGACAAAAAUGAACUUAAUCAGUGCAUUACUUAUUUUGAACACUGUCACAGCACGUAGCAGCUAACAGGCUAAUUCAUGUUAUUGGACUGUGCAAUAAUGAUGGAGAGUAAAUCACUUCUUGUUGCCAAUGAACAGGUGAAAAUGGCAUUAGAAGUGUCCGGUUGAGGUACACGGAGGCCUGUUCACCUCACGAAAUAUAAAUACUCUUUUUAUUUUGCCUGAUUACACAGUGUCCAAAGAGAUUCCAGAAAGGGCCAAGAGGGUGCAGGUUCUUUUUGUAACCGCUGACUGAACCAGGUGGAUUCACUGAUGAACGCAUCCCAUCUGCUCAAAGUGAUGUUAAUCAGUGGAUUAGUGAAACGGUGUGACUUUAUCAUGAUGAACUAUGCUAAGGUAGCUCAGGUAUGCUAAGGUAUGCUAGGGUAACUUUAGCCAUCCUUCUCCGUUGGUGCUGUAAGGUCAGUAUACGCAUGUUUAACCCCUUGUGGAAACAGUCCAUGCAACUGCCCACUUCUAAUGAUGUUUUUACCUCUUCAGUGACAACAAGAGUCUUUAUUCUGCCCUCCAAUGCCAUUAAUUAGCCAGUUAGCUUCCAUUUCCAGCCACAGUGUUUGCAGUCUAAAUAAAUAUUGCAGUUUAUUUAUUUUGGUGUUGAGUGAAUAGUUGACCCCAAAAACAUCUAAAAAUAGAGCCUCAAAUGAAAAAUGUUAAAGCUUUAAGCAAGGCAUGACACUGAACCCUGAACUGGUUCUGGCGUGCAGCUAAGCACUUUAUUUUGCAUCUUGUGACAAUGAUACAUGAAUAUGAGUGUCUUUUGAAAUGUGAUGAGCAUUUCUUCUCAAGAAAUAUGCUUCAGAAUCGGCACCCACUAUAGAAAGUCUGUUUUAUGGUAUUUAAUGCUCCAGCAUUUUGCACUUUUGCCUAAUGUGAUUUCUUUUUCUUCUGGGUGUUUUAACACUUGAUAAUAACCUUGUGAAAUGGCACUACCAAGUUCUGAUUCAUACGCUUUUUUCCUUAAUGGACUUAAACUGAAAUAAUCCAAGUGGUUUCCAGGAAAGAUGAGAACAUAUUUUGUGUCUUUGUGUAACAGCAUGCAUUAAUAACAGCGCUUACAGUAAAAUGUCAGCUUUGUGCAUUUUUAAGUAUAUGUGAAUCUGUUCAUCAGUGCUUAUGGUGUCUUCUGAUGUUUCAGUAAAUACCAAAUCUUGCCAUGUCUAAAACAUCUCAAAUUUUUCCUGUCAAGCUUUCUGCUACUGAUUUCUCUUAUUCUAGCUCUGGACAAAUAUGACAGUAUGGAUGAC